UUUUUUUUUUUUUUAAAGUUGCUUAAUUAACAGCUUAAAUAUUGUUCAGUAAUAGACUCAUGUAUUAAGUCAUGCACUUCUCUAACGUAUUCUGUACAUUAUUUUGCUUGCUUUCAUUUAUGUGUGGCAAUGGUGUAGAAGACAAAAAAGAAGAAGCCGGAGGCAGAUUCUGGAAAGGCCAACAAAGCUGAAGCCAAACCGAAAAAGAGCAAAGCUAAAAAGAGUGAAGAGUUGUCAGGCGAGGAGGACAGUACACCCUCAAAGACAGAGAGCAAAGCGGUAAAGAAGAAGAAAACUGAGAAGGACAAAGAACAGGCAGUGGAGAAGAACACAAAAAAGAAGCCAAAAAGUACUCCUAUGAAGAAGAAAGACUCUGAUGAUGACGAUGAUGACGAUGAUGAAGAGGAGACCUCACAGAAGAAAACCAAGAAGAAAAUCACCAAAGAGAGCUCCCCUGCUGGCACCAAAGAAAAGAAAUCAAAGGCUAAAGAGAGUAAAGGUGAAUCAGAAAGCAAAGGAAAGACAGCCAAGACUAAAAAGGAGCCAGCUUCUAUGUUUCAAAUAAACAAAGAUAAACCAGAUUUUAUCGCAAAAAAGAAAGCGUCUACUCCAGCCACCAAGUCGGACAGCGAUGAGAGUGAGCCAGAGACUAAACCCAACAAGAGCAAAAAGAAAUCUACUGCCAACUCCACCUCCAUGUUUCAGGCUGGAGGAGACAAAGACAAGAAAAAAGACAAGAGUAAUAAGGACAAAGAGAAAAACAACAAGAAAAAGAAUGCUGCUAAAUCUGACGACAGUGAUGAUGAGGAGACAGAAGUGCCCAGGAAGAAGAAAGGCAAAGGAAGGAAAAGUAAAAAGGAGGAGGAGCGGCCUCCAUCACCAGAGAUUGAGUUCGACGACCUUGAGGAGUUCGUUCUUCAGCCUGCACCUCAGGGAAUCACCAUCAAGUGUAAAGUGACGCGAGACAAGCGCGGCAUGGACAGAGGCUUCUACCCCACCUAUUACCUCCAUUUAGACAAUGACAAGAAGGUUUUCUUAUUGGCUGGUCGAAAAAGAAAAAAGAGUGCAACGUCAAAUUAUUUGAUAUCCAUAGAUGCCACUGACCUGUCACGGGGUGGAGAAAAUUUUAUAGGAAAAUUGAGGUCCAAUCUUAUGGGUACCAAGUUCACAGUGUUUGACAAUGGUCUCAACCCUGACCGUGCCCUCAGAGACAUGUCUAACGCCCGACAAGAGCUAGCAGCUAUCAUUUACGAGACAAAUGUGUUGGGGUUUAAAGGGCCCAGAAAAAUGUCUGUCAUCAUUCCAGGCAUGGAUGACGACAACGAGCGAGUGCCGAUACGUCCGCGAACAGACAAUGAAAGUAUACUUAUGCGCUGCCAAAACAGGCAGAUGGACAACCUGAUUGAACUCCACAACAAAACUCCAGUUUGGAAUGAUGACACCGCUUCCUAUGUCCUCAACUUCUCUGGUCGGGUCACACAGGCCUCUGUCAAGAACUUCCAGAUCGUCCACAGCAAAGACAGUAGCUACAUUGUGAUGCAGUUUGGAAGGGUUGCAGACGACAUUUUCACUCUGGACUAUAAUUACCCCAUGUGUGCAGUGCAAGCUUUUGCUAUCGCUCUGUCCAGCUUUGAUGGCAAACUGGCCUGCGAAUGAACUGCGAAGGCACAAAAUUCUUCAAGAGUCAAAUAUUUGCAAUCAACACACGAUUGCUUCAUCAUCAGGAAGGAAGAUGAAGGAAGAUGUGUUAUUUGAUAAUGUGGGACAUUUUUAUGAUUUCCACAGUGCCUGAAUGUGAUUGAGACACACUUAUCCUGGAUACAGAACAGAAACUGACAUCAGAGCUAACGUUGUGCAUACAGUAAGUGUCUUUACGUGAUGAAUGCAGGCUACAUAAAAUGACUGAAAGUGACCAAUGCAAUGUAUGUUUUUCUCUCAAAUAUCUAAGAUGCAAAACAUAUAAAAAUAUACAUGUGUGUGCAUUUAAAAUGAUGUGUCUGAAAUUAUGAUACCAUAUUGUGUUUUAUUUAUUUAUUUAGUUUUGUUGUUGUUUUACUAUUUCUGUCAAAAUGUGCAUGCCUUUAUAUAUCCUUCUACUGAAACAGUGUUUUGUUUUGUUCAUUCGUGUUUUUUUUUUCCUGUCCAUGCAUUAAGGAAAUCAAGGAUAUGUGCUUCUCUAUAAACUCUGAAAAAAAAAGUGUUUAUUUAAUUUUUUCCUGCACAUGCAUUAAGGAAAUCACGGAUAUAUGCUUCUCUAUAAACUCUGUUUUUUGUUUUGUCUUUAUUUUGCAUGUUCCAUUUUUAUGCAUGAAAUAUGCUUUUAAAAAUGCAUGAAAGAUUCUAUAACAGUUCAUGACGCAUCUGUCCAACAUAUAUUUUGCCCACUUUUGGAGAAUUAUAAGAGAUCUCUGAAAUAAUUAAUCAAAAUUAAAUACUGAAUGUACUAUUGUUUCAUUUUAUUUUAUUUUUUUGUUUAUUUAUUGAGACUGAGACAA